UCGAUUGGAUCGGUAACGUCGCUGUUGAAAUCGAUAACGUAAAUCAUUCGAUUGUUUCUCUUCGAACUAAUAAUAUAAAGUUUAGAUCUGUUAAUAUUUUAGCUUGAGAAGUGAGAAGUGCGAAGAGAAGUGAGAAGUUUUUUUGUAUUUGUGUGUGUGUUUCACUAAUUACUAUUUGAAUCGUGUUGUUGAUCGUGCCUUGGAAACUUGGAAAUGUUUAUUACUUUUUAUACGAAAUGAUAAUGCGGCAGAGGCGACCUUGAAUUCAAGAAUUUCUCUUCGAUCUCCUCUCGACAUGUAACUAAUGAAAAUGUUACUUACGCUAUGUAAAUCAUGCCAGUACUGCUGGGAGACCAUGUAUUGGAACUGUUGCGAGGAGAAGUUUUGUUUCGACAAAAAAAUCGCUGCAUACAAGUUAGACGAGACCACAGUUUACGCAAAUGGCCAUGUCAAUGUGGGGGCGAGCCUCGACAGCGUGGUCACGGAACAACCCUUCAACAACAAUCAUCUGCCGCCGCGCGCCAUCAUGGGCAGAGAACUCAAUGAAAUACCACUGCACGCUGACAAACUUUUUGAGGUGUUCUCCAAAUCUCUGAUAUUCAGAGAGGACCACGAGCUCAAAUCGAAGGGCAGCAGGGAAUCGCUGGACGAACUUGAAACAAAAUCGGAACCAGACUAUCUCUCGGACAAACCUAAUAGAACUAAGGUAUACUUCGAAGACGAGGUCAACUCUCCGGUCACUGACUUUGAGAUCAUGUUCAAAGAUGAGCUCCUCGCAAAUCACGACAUGUUUAAAAUUGACGAAGAAGAAGAAAGCGACAAGGAGAGUCAGGAUAUAGAUGGCGAAGAAGGACUAACUAUGAACGUCGCAGUUAGAAAACAAGAUGUGAUUAAGCCCAGUACAGUUACUAUCAAAGACGAAUCUAAAAUAACCACACCGCAUCCAGUAUACCAAUACGAUCCAGUUUCCGUAAUGGCUUUACCUUCAACCCUUUCCUUACCAAGGGUGGAAAGCGUCAAAGGGAUCUUGAGGCAGAAGGGCGAUUUACCGAGAAGCCACAGCGCUAAGACUUUAGAGAGAGUCGAUAGUGGAUCUAAGCUACGACCUACCCUCAACAGGGUUGAGAGCUUAAAGAACAUCGACCCUACAAAAAUAAACAAAGUCCUAGCAAGAGUACCGCACAGAAGCGCGUCGUUCUUGAACAUUCCUGAACAUUUGGCACCAGAGAAACCGCCGUUAGUAAAAAGCAAAUCCAUCGUCGGCGUUAUGUCGAUGAACGACGAAUUAAAACUGAGUCAACUACCCGACACUCCUAUCAUAAAAAGUACUAACCUACCGAGAUUUUUCGCUGAUGGACCGUCCCUACCUGAAUAUAAAGGCGAGACUAGCCUGCAGAGUAUAAAAGAGAAAACCGCUAUUAUGUUCAAGGAAAAUGACUUCAGCAUGCCCAGGUAUUAUGGUGGAGUCUCUAAAUCGAACGAACAGCUAAACGAAAGUAAAUCUAUGCCCGAUUUAAGGAACCCCGCGUCUUCGGCCAAAGUCAGUAAGAGACUGGUCAAGUUGAGGGGGAAAUUGAAGCCAUUAGUAAUUAGGAAAAGUUCUGAUGAGCGAUUAUAAUUUAAUGAGAUGAUGAGAAUGAGAUGAAUUUAAAAUGAUGAUUUCUUUGGUUUGCACAAGACGUGAACAACUAAAUUUUAUUUUUAUUGCUUAUAUGGGUGGACGAGCUCACAGCCCACCUGGUAUUAACUGGUUUCUGUAGCCCAUAGAUAUCUACGACGUAAA